AUGCCUCCCGCCAAGAAGAACGACGCUCCUCCCCCAGGCGCAGAUGACCCUGCUACUUCCAAGGGCAAGGAGCCCGAGGUCGUGAACGACUCCGAAGGCGAGGAGGACGACGAAGACGAAGACCAGGCUGGCGCGGAAGGCGCGGCUGCCGAGGGCGGCUCCGGUGGCAAGAAGAAGAAGAAGAGGAAGUCUAAGAAGAAGAAGGGCGCUGCCGCUGCCGCUGAGGAAGAGUCUGACAAGGUCGGGCCCGAGGCGGCGCAGAAGCUCGUCUCUAGCCUGACGGAUGCUCAGCUUAAGCAGCUUUGGACCAUGAACCCGGCGCUCAGCAAUGAGAUCACGGCGGGCGGCACCAGAGAACCGACCCGAGAGAACGUGAUGGAGAUGCUUCAGAAGAUGAGCAUACACGACCUCCUGACCGGUAUGCCUUCUGGUCGUGGUAGCGUCAAGGACAUGGGUGCCUUCAAGUUCUGGAAAACUCAGCCUGUGCCCAAGUUCGGCGAGAAGAUCAAGGAGGAAGGCCCCAUGCAGGUUAAGACGGUUGACGACGUCUCUCAGGAGCCCGACCCGUUGCCUGAGGGCUUUGAAUGGGUAACCAUGGACCUCACCUCGGAGGAGGAGUUGAAGGAGGUUCACGACCUUCUUGAGGGUCACUACGUCGAGGACGACACUGCCAUGCUCCGAUUCAAUUACUCUAUACCUAUCCUUCGAUGGGCAAUGUUGGCGCCAGGCUGGAAACCCGACUACCAUAUCGGCGUGCGUGCCUCGCAGUCUAGGAGACUCGUGGCUUUCAUCUCCGCCAUCCCCGUCCGCUGUCGCGUGCGCAAAGCUGUCAUCACUGUGUCUGAGGUUAACUUCCUCGUGGUGCACAAGAAGCUGCGAAACAAGCGACUCGCCCCCGUCAUGAUCAAGGAGGUUACGCGCCGAAGCAACCUGAACGACAUCUGGCAAGGCCUGUACACCGGUGGCAAUAUCCUCCCCACCCCUGUGAGCACCUGUCGGUACUACCACCGCGCUCUCGACUGGCAGAAACUCUACGAAAUCGGCUUCAGUCCUCUGCCUCCUGGCAGCCGGCCCUCGCAGCAGAUCAAGCGCUACCAGCUACCCGAGAAGGGGAAGCUCAAGGGUGUCCCGGUUCGACAUGGCCCCGAAUUUACCAAGGAAGAGUUUAUCCACUGGUUCGUCUCUGCCACUGAGGACCGGGAGGAGAGGGUGGUCUGGGGCUACGUCGUCGAGGACGAUAAUGGUAAAAUUACCGAUUUCUUCUCGUUUUAUGGCCUUGAUUCAUCCGUCAUCAACCACAACAAGCACAAGUUGCUUCGCGCCGCGUACCACUUCUACUACGCCACCGAAACCGGCCUUACGGAGAAGCCGGAUAAGUCGGCACUGAAGAAGCGACUCAAUGACUUGAUGCACGAGGCCCUGGUCUUUGGCAAGAAGCUCAAGUUUGACGUGUACAAUGCCCUCACGCUCAUGGAGAACUCCCUCGUUCUCAACGACCACCAUUUCGGUGGCGGUGACGGAAACCUGCACUACUACCUCUUCAACUAUAAGACGGCACCGAUCAGCGGUGGAGUUACCAAGGCUAACCGCCCUGACGAGGACAAGCUUAGCGGCAUCGGCGUUGUCAUGCUCUAG